AUGCACCAAGAGCAUAUCCAGCGGCUUACCUCACACGACGCCGCCGUGCUGCGUGCCAGCCACGAGUUUCCGACCUUUACAGACGCGUUUGCCCGCGUCGCACAGGUCGGACUGCCAGAGCUCGAGGCGAAAGUUGGCAGGAUUCCCUCUUAUAGUGUGAAUGGUGCCUCGCACGGCGUGGCGGUGUCGCUCUGUCUCCCAGCACUCGCGUGGGACAUCACACGAACAUGCGUUCUGCCCGUCACGGACGAGGUGCGACGAAGGACAGAGGCGGAGGCAGUGGGUGAUGUCGCAAUCUCAGGAGCAGCAGGCGGCACGGCGAAGCGAAAUUACGCCGCGCUACGACCUGGUGGACUCGAGCUCUUUGGCCGCCUGGCCGCCAUCUGCGCUGAUGUCUCCGUGAGUGUCUGCCUGGAAGUGGUGGAAAGCGCCGCGGCGCAAGGCGACGGUGGUGUCGCCGCGUGCCUGUCGGACGAGUCGCCGCUCUGCCUCCUUGUGCGGCCCCUUGUGCCGGAGACGCGGUGGCACUGUGGCCAGCAGAUACCCCUCGCUGAGAAGCACGUGCGCGGGCAUCCGCAUACGAGCCGAAACCCUUCAUGUCGUAAUGGUGGUGUUUGCUCUUCUUCUCGCGACUGUCUCCUGGAUAUUAGUGGCAGAACAAGGGAACAACGCAAUCUCAUGCGUCUGGUCACCGUGUGUCGAGUACGCGGACUGUUCUAUAACCUGCCAGUGCGCCAGGCCCCUUAUGUGGGACUGGUCGGCACCUGUAGCUACGGCGUUCUCAUCGGCAGCAGCAGCGGCGGUGACGACGCUGCGUGGAAGACUGCGAGUGAACGCGAUCGGGGGGGGCUCUUUCGCCGCCGCACCUUGUGGGCCUGCAAGUCGGCGUCUGCCAUGCGGGCACGGCGGGAAGAGCAGCAGCACCUCGUGGCGGUUAUGUUCCAGACCGCGGUGUGUGCGUUGCUGGCGCCGCUGUAUCUGACCGCCAGACCUCUCGACGCAAGCGGAGGCAGAGACGCGUCGCUCGCCCGGUGCUCUUUCCCGACGCAGGGUCCCUCUGCCUUCUCUGCAAAGUUGAUCGUCGAGUAUGACUUCUGCGGAGACGCGGACGCUGCCCGACGUGCGCCAGCUGAGACACUCCCGUUGCGCCCUCUUUCGCUCUGUACACCGCUUCGCUGCGCCUCUGCACCGCGCACAGGUUGUGAUAACAGUGGCAUGCACCCUGACUCCGUAGCGGCGGCGGGACUGCGCGUGAAUCGGCACGGCUUGUACAGCGGCGCUCUCCGGGUGCGUCAAGCAUCACGAGAGGUGGACAUUGGCGGAAGGGCGGGACGCCGACUCACACGCGGCGAGGCGACGGCGCGUCGUCUGUGUCACGCAUUCGGCAUCCAGAUGCCAGACCCCUCAUCUGCGUCGUCACCGUCUGCCACCCGCGCGGAGGCGCGUGCGCGACGAUUCUGGUCGUCUUCUGCGGCCGCCGCGAGCUGCGAAGGCGGUGCAUGGACCCCGGAGGAGACGGCGGCAGAGGGAGUGCUGACAGAGGUAGUGGUGCGGCCUGGACACUUUGCGGUUCUCUUCAGCACCCCUCCCCCGCUUGGCGUGAGCGCCUUCCCUGCCCGCCAGGCACCGAGCGCGGCAGGGAGCCUCAGUUUUUCGCCGCUUCCUGAGCACCACAUGACCUUCUUGAUGAUACUUGUACGAGAUGGUCAAGCGCAUCCUCCAGAAGACGAUGGCUGUCGCGGAAGAUCAAUUCCUCCGUCUUCAGCGUUGUGUCUGACGCCUUGCCGUGUGCUGGAACCUACGCACUGGGCCUACGGCAUUGUCACUACCAACGCUCAUCGACAUCUCCACGGCGCACACCCGCUGCCAGGGGGGCCGAUCUCAGCAGCAGCGGUCCCAGUGUUUGUGUUUGUUGACAGUGCGUACGUCCCUGCCCGUAUCUCCGAGGCCCGGCAGCGGGCCCGACACGGAGAUACGGCACAGCAGUCCUUUGUGCAGCUCUACGACGAAGCACUGCGCCGCCUCACCAGCAGUUUGCGCGGGUGCGAGAGUCAGGAUGCUCCCCUCGAGGGUGACGAAAAGGUUCUGCCGGCCCAAACAACUCCUCCGCACACGACCACGCCGGAUGUGCAGCAGCAGCCCUCUUCCGUUGUACACCAUGUGCUUGCAAAGCAGGAAGCUGCGGAGGUGCAGUCACGAGUGCGAUAUCUCUGUCAACGGGUGCUAGAGGCCGCUGGCGUUCCUGGGACGCAGUCGUACGUGCCAGCACUGCCCUCGAAAAGGCGGAGCUCUUCGACCGCGUCUUCGGAGGGUGUGGUUGGUCGCACUGGAGCUCUGCAUCAUGUGCAGCUCAACCCCUCCUCGCUGCUGUGGUUGAGCGCUACCGGUCGCGGAGUCAACCCCACGGCAACUGCGCCGCGUCGCACCCCCGUCACCCUCGACCGCAACCUGCACCGCAUCACCAGAGAGGAAGAGGAGGAGCAGGCCGCAUUGCGCUCUCGCCCUCCUCUGGAAACAGCGCCAUCCUCUCGCGAGGCGUCUGCCACUGCACAUCACUCACCGGCUGUUCAGGCCUCCAACACGGAGGAAGGGCUGACGCGAAUGCGACACCUCCUGGACACGGGGCGUGGGAGUGUGCUACGUCGAUUGCCCCGCGCCUGCGCGGCACCGUGUCCAUGGAUGCCAGAGAGGGGAGUCAACAGAGGUGACGAAAGCAGUGGCUUUGAUGCGGCCGAAGGUGCCACAGCAACUGUCUUGGCCGAUGCCAUACCACCCAUCACCACUGCCUUCUCAGCGGGUGUGUCGGUGCUCCAGUGGGCGCGAAAGUUUCUGAUCAUUGCUUCCCCUACCAUCCCCCAGCCUGCGUCCAAGCCACGCUGUGGCCCUGCAGCAGUGCUUCCUCGAGGCCCAGUAUGCCGUUCUCAACCACACGCAUUGCAGUGGUGGGUCGCGGAUCAGCACGCGGUGCACGAGCGGGUGCGGCUGGAGUUCUUUCUCUGCUUUGCUGACACCUACGUGUGCCAUCCCGAGCUGCAGCGUGGCGCGGGGCGCGCCGCGAGUGAGUGCUUGAUCGCCGGGAGUGGCACAGUCUCGGAAUGCGUGCCUUGUAACUCCUUGUCGCUGAGCACCCACGCACGGAAGGCACUCGAGCGUCGGUGCCGCGUUGCACAGCUGCUGUGGUCGCACGCAGUCACUGGCGCUGCAUGUUCGCCGAGUGCGUCUUCGGCGGCGGCGUCAUUCUCUGUGUCCCUGCCGGCCGAGUGGCGUCUGCGUGUGACCGUCGUGGAGGCACAUCUGCGUCAGUGGGGAUGGCGGUUCCAUCACGAACCUGUAGCAGCCGUGCACCGAGGAGAGAUGCAGUGCAGCAGAGCCGUUGCCUGUGCCAGCGGCGUGCGUGUUGGCCAGCCCGCAUAUUCACGCACACGGCCCACACUGGCCACGGCGAUUGUGGCAUGGCCGUGCUUGAAGGUUGAGGGGGUCGUUCGCCAUGUCACUUCUAUGCAAGCGCUGCGGCAAACGGUGGAGGAGCUGGAGGCGGUGGGUGCCGCAGCGACUGCCGCAUUUGACAACGCCUUCGUGCCUCCGGAGUCUGCUCUCACUGACCCCGUUUCUUUAUGCUGCCGCGGUCUGGGGCCAUCACGGGUGCCGCGCUCCUCGCCGCCGUGUCCGCUGCUCAUUCCCUCGGUGUUUCUCGACUUCUUUAUCUCCCGCUCCUGUCGUGGGGCCAUCAUGUUCGGCGACGUUCUUCGCCCCACGGCGGCGCGCUCUAUGGUAGCGGCGCUGGAGUGUGUCGAGCAGUACUACGUGUGCUCGCACGGCCGCCCUUCCUUCACCCACCUCACCCCUGCACACUAG